AUGGACCCGGCAUUUUUCUUGCAGAUUGAGGACGCGGUAUCCGAGCUGGAAGAGUUGAAUGCCGUCACCUUUGGUGCUGAUUCUGGUGACCUAGAGGGAGAGUGGAAAGUUCUCUUCAGCUCUUCAAACAGCCUGAAUGCCGGCACUUUUGGCCUGCUGAAUGGCGAAGCUCGCCAGGUAGUCAAAACACGAGAGCGCACGCUGACCAACACAUCCUCCUUCCUUCUGGGCUUGCUUCGAUUCGAGUGGGUCACAUCUUGGAAGGCCAAGGGCCCCCUGGGGAUGAUUCUGGGUCGUGAGGAUUGGUACCCGAUCCUGUUCGGGUUUCGAAUCGGCCUGGUGUCAGCCUCGACAGACGGCAUCGUGACCUGGCAAUGUACCUACACCGAUGAGGAUAUGCGCAUCUUCCGUGCCAGCAAGGAGAUGGAGCCUUUGGUGGUUGGAUCUGCGACAGAACUUCCCCGAGUCUUUGACAAGGUACGUGUUGUUGGCUAUCCUGUGGGUGGGGAUGCCUGCAGCGUGACGGAGGGAGUGGUCAGCCGCGUGGAGGACAGCAAGUCCAAGCCACUUGAGGAGGACGUUUGUGCGGAGGCAGCGGCAUAUGAUGACCGCGGGCGCCAGCAAGGACAACAGAUGGUGUACCUGGCAGAGGCCGGAGAUAAACUUGGUGCUGAGGAAGUUGGAAACGUUGUGGCGGUCCAGGUGGAUGCGGCCACCAAGAACCUGAAUGCACUCGGGAGCCCACCUCCUAGCGCAGAUUCAAGGUCGAGAUCCGCCUGGAGGGAAGAGGAGGCUGCGUCAGCGGCGUUCAGGGCAGCUGGUAGCGCUGACACUGAGGCGAACCCGCCAGUGGCGAUAGGAGCUCGGAACCACAAGGAGCUCGUAACCCUCGCCACCACGAUAGACCUCAUCGUCCGCAACGAUCCCCUCCGCGCCCUCGACAGCGUCUCCUUGGGCGCUUCAUCCUUCUGGAAAAUCCGUCCUUGCGAGAACGAGAACGUGGUCAUGGCGGACCUCAAUGUGCAUGCGGGAAAGACAGGCUGGAAGUCCACCUUCUGCGAAAGCGUCCAGGCCUUGCGUUGCCGGCGACUUCGGCUGCGGUGGAUAAGAGGUGUUGAUGCGCUUUUGGGCCGAGACCUGAAGUUCAUUUGCAACAGCGCCGUGGGGCAGUGGGAGCAAGCGCGCGGCAACGAUGACAGGCCAGGAGUUCCCGCUUACUUGUUGGCGGUGGUCCUCCGUGACCUUCUGCUUACAGUCGAGCUGGAGUCGCCCUUCCACCUGCCCAAAGUCUUUGCGUCGCAAUUCUCGACGCCGGCGGGCUCAGAGGGGGCACGUUGCUUCGGCGCAGGACGUGCAAAGGUAGGGAGCGGCUUGUUCACCUCAUCCGCUGUAGCGCAACCUGGCCGUAAGAACCAGUUCAGUGGUGGCCGCUCGGUGUCGAUGACAGCGCAGGCAGGAGUCCGCAAAGGUACCAAGGAAAUUUGGGACGCUUGGAACGCCAUGGAGAUGGAGGAUUGCGCUGCCCAGAUGAACAAAGGCAAAAGGUUCGGUCCAGGCCAUGACCCAACUUUGUGGAUUUGGAAGGUGCUCAUGAGCUACCGGUGGCAGCGAACCGGCCAUAUCACCGAGGCCAUUGCUGUGUCAAACCUCAUAAAGCGCUUGAAUCGUGCUGCAAACUCUGGGAACCAAAAGUUCCUCCUGAUGGUGGCCAGUCCGGCAGUGGUGAGCAUCAUCACGAAAGGACGAGCCUCAGCCCACGUGAAACUCGCCCUUGCUGGCCUCGAACAACAAAGUACGUCAGGUGAACUCUUUGCCGCACGGUGUGGUGACUUUGUGCUGGCCCGGGGCAAAGGAACUGGAUCACUCCUGUUGGCCAAGUCCGGGCAACGUGCUGGUGCGUCCGAAUCUCUUGUGAUUGAUUACAGCCAUGUGGGGACAGCCGUGGCAAACUUCUUGCGGAACUAG